GUGGGCUGAUGCGCCGAGAAGGUCGGGCGCAUGCGCAGUGCUCGGAUUUUGCUUGGCUACCCGGAGUGAAGCGAACGGGUUGGGCGAUAAACAGGCCGUGGCUAGGGAAGACGGAGAGGGGGCGUUCGCUCCUCUUGGACUUUUCAUGCCUCGUUUUUUUUCCCAGAUGUGGCUUGGUCUGGACGCAGGGUCCCAGCAGCCAGCUUAAGCUUACUCUUUUGUGAAAGGGGAAAGUAUCCCCUGUGGAAAGCAGUUAAACUUGUGGAGAGAGUGCGAGACGUGAGUUCUCCCCUAUGUCAGGCGAAUGGUGUGGCCUUGAGCUGGUCCAGGAGCCGGCUCGACGUGUCUGAGGGAGGCCCCAGAGGGGGCGGGGAGGUGGCCCUGAGAACGCGGGUUCUGUAAAGAGACGUUGGGAAGAUUCGAUUCCGAGAAGAGGAAGAGCCGGAUUGAAAGAGAGCCAGGCCUCUGAGUGGGAGGGGGCUGCUAAGAUGGCGUCGGCCUCCUCCGGGCCGUCGUCUUCGGUCGGUUUUUCAUCCUUUGAUCCCGCGGUCCCUUCCUGUACCUCGUCCUCAGGUUUCAACUUUCUGUGCUGUGGGGUCAGCCAUAAGAGAGCAGCAUCUGGAAUCAAGAGACCUGUGGCACCUGAGGUCUUGGAAGCUAAACAGGAUUCUUACAUCUCAUUGGUGCCUUAUGCCUCUGGCAUGCCCAUCAAGAAAAUAGGCCAUCGAAGUGUUGAUUCCUCAGGAGAGACAACAUACAAAAAGACAACCUCAUCAGCCUUGAAAGGUGCCAUCCAGUUGGGCAUUACCCACACUGUGGGGAGCCUGAGUACCAAACCAGAGCGUGAUGUCCUCAUGCAAGAUUUCUACGUGGUGGAGAGUAUCUUCUUCCCCAGUGAAGGGAGCAACCUGACCCCUGCUCAUCACUACAAUGACUUUCGUUUCAAGACCUAUGCACCUGUUGCCUUCCGCUACUUCCGGGAGCUAUUUGGUAUCCGGCCCGAUGAUUACUUGUAUUCCCUCUGCAGUGAGCCACUGAUUGAACUCUGCAGCUCUGGAGCUAGUGGUUCCCUUUUCUAUGUGUCCAGUGAUGAUGAGUUCAUUAUUAAGACAGUCCAACAUAAAGAGGCGGAGUUUCUGCAGAAGCUGCUUCCAGGAUACUACAUGAACCUCAACCAGAACCCUCGGACUUUGCUGCCUAAAUUCUAUGGACUGUACUGUGUGCAGGCAGGUGGCAAGAACAUUCGAAUUGUGGUGAUGAACAAUCUUUUACCAAGAUCGGUAAAAAUGCAUAUCAAAUAUGACCUCAAAGGCUCAACCUACAAACGGCGGGCUUCCCAGAAAGAGCGAGAGAAGCCUCUUCCCACAUUUAAAGACCUAGACUUCUUACAAGACAUCCCUGAUGGUCUUUUUUUGGAUGCUGACAUGUACAACGCUCUCUGUAAGACCCUGCAGCGUGACUGUUUGGUUCUGCAGAGCUUCAAGAUAAUGGAUUAUAGCCUCUUGAUGUCAAUCCAUAAUAUAGAUCAUGCACAACGAGAGCCCUUAAGCAGCGAAACACAGUACUCAGUUGACACUCGAAGACCAGCCCCCCAAAAGGCUCUGUAUUCCACAGCCAUGGAAUCCAUCCAGGGAGAGGCUCGACGGGGUGGCACCAUGGAGACUGAUGACCAUAUGGGUGGCAUCCCUGCCCGGAAUAGUAAAGGGGAAAGGCUUCUGCUUUAUAUUGGCAUCAUUGACAUUCUGCAGUCUUACAGGUUUGUUAAGAAGUUGGAGCACUCUUGGAAAGCCCUGGUACAUGACGGGGACACUGUCUCAGUGCAUCGCCCAGGCUUCUACGCUGAACGGUUCCAGCGCUUCAUGUGCAACACAGUAUUUAAGAAGAUUCCCUUGAAGCCUUCUCCCUCCAAAAAGUUUCGGUCUGGCUCAUCUUUCUCUCGGCGAGUAGGCUCCAGUGGCAACUCCUGCAUUACUUACCAACCAUCGGUCUCUGGGGAACACAAGGCACAAGUGACAACAAAGGCGGAAGUGGAGCCAGGCGUUCACCUUGGUCGUCCUGAUGUUUUACCUCAGACUCCACCUUUGGAGGAAAUCAGUGAGGGCUCACCUAUUCCUGACCCCAGUUUCUCACCUAUAGUUGGAGAGACUUUGCAAAUGCUAACUACAAGUACAACCUUGGAAAAGCUUGAAGUUGCAGAGUCAGAGUUCACCCAUUAAGCGCAAAGCCUCAGAAGACCUGGAACAAGAUUCUGCCAUCUCUGUGAUCCCGAGAUGUGUCAGCCCUUGCCCCAGCAAUGCUGAAUUUUCUUCUACUUGGUCAUCAAAAAAGGAGUGUAAUAGAAGCGAGGGGAGCUCCUCCUCCAUCUUCUUACUGAAGAAGAACCUCCCCUCCUUCCCCUUCCUCAUGAAUGGGCAUUAGUGCCUCAGACAGUUGAGGACCGAAGCAUCCCCUCCACUCCAGAGUUGGGUGGUAAGGAUUUUCAACUGGCUAACCCUUGGCCUCCACAAUUGAAUUUUUUUCAGACCCCCAUUCUUCAUGCUGGAAAUGGGAUUGCUGUACUUGGCAGUUUUCUUUCCCCUCAUCUUUGACCAGGAACUGGACUCUUAGUUUCCUCAGGACAGACUAGCUGGCACAUUAUCUCCACCUUAGUUCUUUCUCCCUGAUCCCUGGAAGAAUACCCCUGUAAUCUCUGUAAAGGUUUUUGGGGGGAUAAGGGAGUUUAACCACCUCCCAGCGUUCUUUUUUUUUUUUUUUUUUUUUCUGAAAAAAGGAAAAAGCGCACAGCACACAGUUUCAAGCCAGCUUCAGAUCAAAACUCCAGAAGUGUUGACAAGAUGCCUAUUCGUAGGGUUCCCUCAGAAGAGCCAUGGUGUUUGUGAAGAGAAGAGUAGUGAUUGCUCUGCCAGAAGCAGCUCCUCUUUAAGCCCCUCCUUUCUUGAUGAAUUUCUUAAGGCUGAAGGAAUGGAGAGUGGGACAUGGGGUAAUCUUUACCCCUUUUGUUAAAACAGGAGGCAGCCAUGGGCUGGGAGAUCAUAGCCCUUCCUAGGCAGAAUCCUGUUCACUGCCAAGCUAUAAUAAUUAUUACUAUUUUGCAAUUUGAAAUAUAUUCUGGUUGAUUUUCUAAAUGUGAAGACUUACUAAAUGAAUUUUAGAUCAUUCUCCAAAGGAGAUUUUUUUGCUCUUCUCAUCUUUUCCAACAGUGUUCUCCUGUUUGUGGAGCUAAGGUGAAGAGGGGACACCUGUCUGUUUUAUCAGGCAGUCCGUAUCUAUGAGACCAGUAAAUAUUUUCUUAAACUCAUGGGGAGACAGCAGAUUCUUGCCUUGGUGAGGUCAUUGCUGUGCCAUAUGUCCUACCCCCCUGUCUUCAUGCAGGGAAGUUGGAAAUGGGGGCUACAUAUGCCCUCUCCUCCCCAUCUACAAGAGUUGUGGUUUUCCAUCUGAUUCUUCCACUCUUGUCAGGGGAAGAAGGGGGCCUGGUAUCUCAGGCAGAUUGUUGAAUUCUUGUUCUAUCCCUUCUCUAUCCCACCCUGCCUUGAUAAUAUGUUAGCCCAUACCCCAAAUAACUGUCUAUAUUAGACACCCCCAGCCAGUUUCUGGCUGCCUGUCUUUGCUGCCAUGUUCUUUUUUACAAGAAGGAAAGAGUUCUUGCUAUUUUUUUUCAUAAUUUACUAUUUAUGAUGUAUUUAAGUGUUUUAUUAAGGACACAGUUCUGUUAGGGGUGGGAGGGAAUAUUUAAGGGAGGGCUGGAUCUUAGGGAAAGGAAUGGGGAAUCAACAUUUUUAUGAAGUGUCACUAUUUGCCUUUACUUUGUAUUGUUCAGAAAUGGCAAAUACAAUAUAAAAGUGAUACAUGGUUUUAAUGUAAUAAACUUUAAUCGGUUAUUUAGAUCUC